AUCCAAACAAGCAGCAUGGUAGCUUUGCGACACACUACGUUCGCGUUAUGCCCAAGAUGAUCAACAAUUUACUGUUUUAUGUUCGUUAAGUUUUAAAGUAAGACAAAAUAAAAAUAUAAACUAUAGUGCUGUUACGUCUAAGAUUGAAAAAUGCCUCGCUACGCACAGCUUGUGAUGGGACCGGCUGGAAGCGGAAAGAGUACGUACUGCUCUACCUUGAUCCAGCAUGCUGAAUCCAUCAACCGCUCCAUCCAGGUUGUCAACCUCGAUCCAGCUGCGGAGCACUUUAACUACCCAGUCAUGGCAGACAUUCGAGAGUUGAUCCAAGUGGAUGAUGUGAUGGAGGAUGACUCGUUGAGGUUCGGCCCAAAUGGAGGAUUGGUCUUUUGCAUGGAGUACUUCGCUAAUAACUUUGACUGGCUGGAGGAGAGUCUUGGACACGUAGAGGACGAUUACAUACUUUUUGACUGCCCAGGUCAGAUUGAGCUGUACACCCAUCUACCCGUCAUGAAGCAGUUAGUGGAGCAGCUUCAGCAGUGGGAGUUCCGAGUGUGUGGUGUCUUCUUGGUGGAUUCUCAAUUCAUGGUGGAGAGUUUUAAGUUUAUUUCUGGUGUGAUGGCGGCAUUGAGUGCAAUGGUGGCACUAGAAAUCCCUCAGGUCAACAUCAUGACCAAAAUGGACCUGCUCAGUUCAAAAGCAAAGAAAGAAAUUGAGAAGUAUCUGGACCCGGACAUGUAUUCGAUGAUGGAGGACAGCUCCGGAACCCUGAGGAGCAAAAAAUUUAAAAAACUCACCAAAGCUAUAUGUGGUUUGAUCGACGACUACAGCAUGGUGCGUUUUCUGCCAUUUGAUCGCACGGAUGAAGAGGGAAUCAACAUUGUCCUACAGCACAUCGACUUCUCCAUACAAUACGGAGAGGAUCUAGAGUUCAAAGAACCAAAGGAAGCUGAUGAGGAACCGAGCAAUCUGAAUUACGAUGAGUUCUUUCAAGACGGAAGAUCGGAUUCCUAAAUUGCUCCCCAUCGUCGACACGUGACCAGAAUUUGGUCAUAAAGCUAAAGUGACAUGAGACUGAAAGCUACAGACACUUGUAGGAAGUUAAAUAAGUACAUUUUAGCUGCAUGGUGAUGAGAUUAUUUAAGUCUGGAACUGAAGACGACCGCUUUUGAGAAGGAGUCAUGCAACUUCUGAACAGAAAUUCAUUAAGAAAUAUUUGUUUUACAUGUAUUUCACACUGAUUUCAUUAUUAUUAAUUAAUAUCAUUAUUAUUCAUUAUUAUUAAGGCUUUCUUGUUUGUAUAGAUUUGUACAUUUAAGUAUUUUUUCAAUAAAACUAAGAUUUGGAAAA